UCAUUCUGUUAAGUUGAUUUGUUAUUUGUUUGCUUGGAAAUUUGAGAUCUAUUCUUAAGCUACCUUAAAAGUCUUACUUUUCUGUAAUGUAUCAUGUAAGUCUUUAAUCCUUUUCAGGGUACCUAUAAUGUAAAUACUGAUAGCCACGGCAAACUUGUUCUGCAAAUUUCUUCCUUUUGUGCACAAAUAUAUGGAAAUAGUUUUUAUUUUUUAAUUUAUACCUACAAUCACUAUAACUAUUGUUUUGUGUGUUCUGAAAAUGAGAUCCGCAAAUCAUGUAUCUGAAUCUCGACAUCACUAGACAUCGCCCAAAAAAACAAAAAAGAGUAAGAAUGGAGAUAUCAUGUAAGGGUAAUUAAAAAUCUUUUCAAGUGUCACAAUGAAAAGGCACAUCCUUCUAAUUUUGAGGAUAUCAGGUGAAGCUGAGUACUUUGACAUAUUUUUAAUUGUGCAGUUAUAUGUGAUAUAUAAGCCCUUCACAAAAUAGCUACAUUCUUGAGGUCAUCUUUCUUCAACUAUGUCAUAAGAUGAACUGGCAUCGAGUUCUGUUAUUUGCAUGGUUCAUUAAUUUUUUUUUGCAGUAUUUUUGUUUCAAAUUUAACAUAAACUAUUGUGCUAUUACGUUAUGAUUGUAUCCGUUACCGGCAUGCAGAGCUAAAUAUGAUCCAAAAAGUGAUUUAUUGGAUCAUGAGUUCAUGCUAAAAGGGAAAUGGUUUCAACGGAAGGACAUGGAGAUAAAAAAUAGCCGUGGGGAUGUUCUUCAAUGCAGCCAUUACAUGCCUAUAGUCAGUCCUGAUGGAAAGCCUCUGCCAUGUGUAAUAUAUUGCCAUGGAAACAGUGGAUGCAGGGUUGAUGCCAGUGAAGCUGCUCUAAUUUUACUUCCUUCAAAUAUUACAGUUUUUACUCUGGAUUUCUCGGGAUCGGGAAUCUCUGGAGGAGAGCAUGUCACUCUAGGUUGGAAUGAAAAGGAUGAUCUGAGAGCAGUGGUCAACUAUCUAAGGGCAGAUGGAAAUGUUUCUCUGAUUGGCUUAUGGGGACGCUCAAUGGGUGCUGUGACUAGCCUUAUGUAUGGAGCUGAGGAUCCUUCAAUUGCAGGAAUGGUUUUGGACAGUCCCUUCUCUGAUUUGGUUGAUUUAAUGAUGGAACUUGUAGAUAAGUACAGAGUCCGUCUGCCAAAAUUUGCAGUAAAGUUUGCAAUUCAAUACAUGCGAAAAACAAUCCAGAAGAAGGCAAAAUUUGACAUAAUGAACUUGAACACUGUUAAGGUAGCAAAAUCUUGUUUUGUUCCUGCUCUACUAGGGCAUGCCAUUGAUGAUGAUUUUAUUCGUCCUCAUCACUCAGAUUUUAUACUUGAGGCUUACAUGGGAGACAAAAACAUAAUUAAAUUUGAGGGAGAUCACAACUCUUCACGUCCUCAGUAUUAUUUUGAUUCCGUAAACAUCUUUUUGCACAAUGUUUUACAACCUCCAGAAGAUGAGCUUGGGGAAUCAUUUUUUGACAUUAUGAAUGAUUACUUUGGUAAGGAUGUUUGGAGAUCUGUGCAUGAAUUUGACUUUGGCAAUGAACCAUCAUUUCGAAACAAAGAACCAUCAACAAGCAGUACUGUGGAGGACAUUAAGCAAGUCUGCUUAAAAAGACCAAUGAGUAUGAGGGAGGCACAGAAAUGUGAUGGUCUUUCCUCAUCAUCUUCUACUAUUAUUAGUUUUGAAUUAUCAAAUGGUCGUCUCUAUAGUCCCCUCAUUCCAACCGAUCUAGAUGAUGACCACUAUGUGGAAUUUCAACUUGAUGACUUUACAGGCUGUCCAUCUAGUGCAAAGAAAGAACAAAAAAUGUUCAUGGAAGCAGUGGUGGAUUCAUUGAAAGACCGAGAAAUACGAAUUCCAGAGGUAGAACAACCACCUGUUAGCAGUGCUAGUACCAUGUCUAUAGAGCCAUCGGAUGAGGAUGAUUCACAUGCUUCUUCACACAAGAUUUCCAAACCUAUGGAGACAGAACCUUCUUUACUCAACCAGAGUGUUAAAACGAUUUCCACUGCAUCUGAUGCAUUGGAGCCCUUGAAAACUGAACCAAAUUCCAUUUCAGUGAUUCCAAGUCCAGUACCAAGUCUUUCAUCAAGCAAAAUACCACUACCACAACCACCACCACUGGACACUUCAUCCGUCGCGGAUUCUAGCAAUACCGAAAGUACUACUGCUUGUAAUGAUAAUUCUGCUAGCUUACAAAGUUCAUCAGACACUGACAUAUCACAUAAUACAAAAGCCACAUUAACUGUUAUUAAGAAUCCAGCAGGCCAUGUCUUGAACUGCUUACUGGGACGUUGGGAUUUCAACUUUUUCAGAAACAGUCACAAUCGAUAAGAUUAGAGAGUCAUUGUUUUUGUAACUAUAAAAUAUACUACAUUAGUUUGUAAAAUGCUCCACAAAAGAAAUAGGUUGCUUGUACUAAGUUCUGUAUGUUUAGAGCAUUCAUCUAAUAUUCUUUCACCGUAAGAGAGAGUUGUUGUGUUUUUACCCCGUUGAACUAGAAUUUCUGGAAGUCUCCAUUAUUUGCCCAUGCUUAUGCAUGAUUUAUUGAUUUUUCCCUUGAAUGCUUUUA